AUGUGCGUCUUUGUCGUCUGCUCACGCUGCUGCUGGGUUCCAAGUUUUAAACCUAGGCCUGUGUAUGGCUUCCGAAUACUGCUGCCUCCACCGCCACCCUGCGCCAUGUGCCUCUGUCGUCUGCUCGCGCUGCUGACGGCUUCCGCUUUUUAACCUAGGCCUGUGUAUGGCUUCCGAAUACUGCUGCCUCCACCGCCACCCUGCGCCAUGUGCCACUUUGUCGGGUCUCCUCACACUGCUGCCAGGUCCAGAGUGUAGUCAUGGGUCCCUGUACGGCCUCCCAUUGCUGCUGACUUCAUCGCCAGACUCUGCCAUGUGCCACUUUCAGGUCUCCUUACACUGUUGGUGGGUUCCAUUUUGUGAUAGGGUGCUG